AUGGAGACCCCAGAGGCUGAAGCAGGAUCACACUUGGUGGGUUGGAGGAACAAACUCACUGGAGCCAUUUAUCGAAAUGCGUGCACGCAGACUGGCAAAAACAAUCGCGAAAACGACCAAAAAGCACAGACGAAUUUCACGAUCGACAAGUUUACGAAUACGGAGCGUGACGUUGGAGUGCAGACGUGUUCCAACGUUGACGGAGUCGUACAGAGUUUUAGAAACUUCAAGAAACAGAGACUCAAGGAGACCUCGAACGAGAGGGAAUCAAGAGUCGAGGAUCCUUCGGAUGGGAAGAUUCUAGAGAGCGUCGUAAAGAUACAGAGGUUUUACAGAGCUCACCGCGGCCGGCAAACCACGAUCUCGUCGGGCGGCGUUUCAGCCUGUGCUAAGAACACGAACCGGCAGCAAAUACAGCCAGCGCCUGUAGCGAGAUCCUAUCGCAGCCGGGAUUUCGUGAUACUAAACCGCACGUCGCCGAAUACUCGGGCGGAGUUCGAGUUGCUGUACAAUCUACUGGACCGCUGGCGUAUCCACGAGACGAAGAGUGCGAGCGAACAGUUGUUCCGGUCGUCGAGGAUCGCGUUGUGCAGUCUAAUCUUGUCGAAAGAAGUCGAGCUGCUGCGAGCCAUCGAUUCCACGAAAACCACCGUCAAAUACGCGAUUAAGGAGAAAUCGUACAGGAGAUUCUUGGACGAGUUAUGCAAGCCUGUCAUCUGGCGAAAUGAUCGUCGCGGGGAGUCGACCGUUGUGAUCACGCCGCUUGUACAACGCGCUAGAUCCUUCAGGGACACGUUCGAGCAGUUGUCGAGGGUAGACACGACGGCGAAGGAACGAAUUGACACGUUGUCCAAAUUGAGGGAAGACGUCGAGCCUCAUACGUGCAGGGAAUCCGACGAACUGAUACGUUUGUUGAACCAGGAGAUAGAUCUGCUGGCUUGCAACGUGGAGGGGAGUAAGUUGAAUUGGCUGAGGAGUGGACUGAGGAUGGCAUUUUUGAGGCUGGCAAGGGUGUCCUUGAGUAACCUCGAGCGGGAGAAUUCCAGGAUGGUCCAGAGUGGAUUCCGGUCUGGUUGUAAAACCAUCUGCAGGAGCUGCGGCAGGCUAUUGCCCGUCGAGAAAUUUCCACGCGAGGAACGCUUCCGUUCAUCUUCGUGCAAUUACUGUCUCUACGUGAGAGCUCGAGCGGCGCCUCGGCUCGUCUACGAGCCCUAUCGAGCGCUUCUUCGCGACGUCAGACGUCGCGAGGCUAGAGCCCGUUGCUACACGAGCCCGGCGUUUGUCAUCGACGCGAAAAUCGUUUACCAUCUGGUGAACGACAUUUGGCACGGGAAAUCGGCCGUCUCUGACAACGAUAACCUGGAGGAGUUGAGACUCGCGAGAUUUCGAAACGGCGAGGAGUGGUCACCGUGGAAUUGUCUCUUGUUAACUGCGACGGAAGCCUCGUUUCAUCGAAAGAUACUCGACCCCGAUAAGUUUUACGGCCCGAUGAUACUACAAAAGUUCCGCACGAAGAAUCUUCAGGCGAAACUUCGCUUCGAGCCUGUGGCUGAAUUCAAGACCCAUCGCCGGGAUAAACAGCGCUGUUAA